AUGUCAGCAACUUCUAGAGGAUUGACGCCCUUUGGCCUGGUUGUUCGGGUGGGAAGAGACCUAGACAAUCAUCACCCCUGUGAUUUUCUCGAGUUGCCCAGGAAGAAAAAGAAGUUGCUCAAUAAUGCCGGCGGUGAUUGGCGGCGGCGGCGGAAUGUGGUGGUUGUCAAGUGCUGCAGCGGUGGCGGUCCCCAUGGCCACAGCCGGGGAAAGAGUGGUGGGGAUAAUUGUUGUGAAGAAUGCCGGUUCGAUUCUAAACUAAGUCGGCCCAAUUAUCGGCCUCGGAUCACUAAGCCUUCCUCUUCCUUGGCCUUCGUUUCUCCUCAGUCUCUGUUCGCAUGGAAACAAGACAACAAGUUCUUCCCACGUUGCACUCCGAGGCCUACAGGUCCCCAGUCUCGUGAUUCUCCUCCAAAACGCGAUACAGGCAUUGCAAAUGAGAAAGAUUGGGGCAUCAGUCUCUUACAUGAAGAUGUUAAUGAAACUGGUACGAAUGAAGAUGGAAGUACUUGGUAUCGAGAAAGUGGAGAGGAUCUCGGGGAAAAUGGUUAUAGAUGUAGAUGGACCAGAAUGGGUGGACAAAACCAUGAUGGGACCUCGGAGUGGAAGGAGACGUGGUGGGAGAAAAGUGACUGGACAGGAUACAAAGAACUAGGUGUGGAAAAAUCUGGAAAAAAUGCUGAAGGGGAUUCGUGGUGGGAAACGUGGCGAGAGGUUCUUCAUCAAGAUGAAUGGAGUAAUCUCGCUAGAAUAGAGAGGAGUGCACAAAAGCAGGCAAAAUCGGGUUCAGAAAAUGCAGGAUGGUACGAGAACUGGUGGGAAAAAUAUGAUGCCAAAGGCUGGACUGAGAAAGGGGCUCACAAAUAUGGUAGACUAAAUGAACAGUCGUGGUGGGAGAAGUGGGGUGAACAUUAUGAUGGAAGAGGAUCCGUAUUAAAAUGGACAGACAAAUGGGCUGAAACUGAACUUGGAACUAAAUGGGGAGACAAGUGGGAAGAAAAGUUUUUUGCUGGAAUUGGUUCACGUCAAGGAGAGACAUGGCAUGUCUCACCCAGUGGUGAAACCGCCGGAACCACCACUUCCGCCGCCGUCGCGGCCCUCCUCGAUUCUUUCUCCUCCAUCUUUCAUCAGUCCUCGUCGCGUGCCUCCGAUGCCGCCAGUUUCUCCAAGAGUAUUAUUCCGUCGUCGUCGCCGGUGAAUGGGUCGAGAAUUGCGGUUUGUCUGGUGGGUGGGGCCCGGAGGUUCGAGCUAACGGGCCCGUCCAUUAUCGAAAGGAUUCUGAAAGUUUAUAAGAACUCCGAUCUCUUUUUACACAGUCCGUUAGACUCCAAUGCCUAUAAGCUGUCGCUGCUGAAGGAUGCGCCCAGGAUCGCCGCCGUUAAGAUUUUCCGGCCGGAGCACAUCCCGGAGACCGAGUCGCAGUAUCGGGUUCUCACGGCUAGUAACUCGCCUAAUGGUAUCCAGGGGCUUCUGCAAUAUUUCAACCUGGUGGAGGGCUGCCUGGAAAUGAUCAAGCAACACCAAACCCGCAACAAUUUCACCUACGACUGGAUAGUCCGAACCCGUGUGGACACCUAUUGGUCAGCUCCUCUGCGACCAGAGAGUUUCGUCCGGGGCAGGUACCUGGUACCCCUGGGCUCAUCUUACUGGGGACUGAACGAUCGCUUAGGCAUUGGCGAUUUCAACACAUCAGCAGUGGCGCUAUCUCGACUAUCUUUGAUCCCCCAGCUCGACGAAGCCGGCUUUCGCCAGCUCAACUCCGAGUCCGCAUUCAAGGCCCAGCUGACCGUCAAGAAUGUUACUCAUGCCACUAGCCAGGUACCAUUUUGCGUGGUGACUGACCGCAGUUACGGAUUUCCUCCGGUCGGGAACGGAGUUCCGGUGGUUGCGAUGUCGACGCCGGGCCCAAUGAGUGGGGCUAAAUGCAGACCCUGCACACCUGCCUGCACGGGCACUUGCGUUGGGCAAGUUAUGAGUAGGCUUUCCAAAGUAUGGAGCUGGACUGAAUGGUCCAAUAACGGUCUGAAGCUCUGUGAUGCCCACGCUGCGUGGGAGGAGGGCUGGGAGAAAAUAUUUGACAAGGUUGCGGGUCAAAAACUGGCAGCCCAACGGAAGAGGGUCCAAGAAAUGAAGGUGGACCGGUGCGUGAAAGACUUUGAGAAAAUGAGAAAACGGACAGCCCAGUGGAAUGCACCCCCCGGGGCUGAGAUAUGCAGGAUUGGUGUUGGGCUCCAAAAGGUAGGUAGAUAG